AUGGCUAUCAACAGAAGCACCAAGAAGGAGAAAAUAACUAUUCCAGACUUUAUUCUGUUCUGGAUCGAAGGAGUUCAUCCACAACAGUUCAUAGCCACUGUGCUGUCUGAAGGGCUGGAAGAACACAUGAGGGAUGAUUUUUUGGCAGCGGUACCAGUUCACCUUCGCCAAAUCAUCAUUCAAGUAUUUGUGGCAUUUCAUACCUAUCCUCAACAAGAAAUAAUCCAUCACACCCUGAUCAUUGGGGCAUUCUACAUAAACAUCUGGAGCAACAACAAUGGUCCAGCUCAACUAGGCAGUGAGGCUGUCACUUCAUUCACUUCAGAACCUGAAUGUAGCAUCAAACUAAAUGCAGGUCAGGCCAUAGUGAAGGGGGAAGAUUUACUUGACCAGUUUUACCCUUAUGAUGAUUCUAGUGAUGAGAUGGUAGUAUCAGAGGACUCCAAGGACUCCAAGGCUGCAGACCCAUCGUAUGUACCUGGGGAGGGUGUUCCAUUUGAUGCUGUUAUGAAUCUAGCAGGGCAGGAUUGA